AUGUUCUGGAGGCCGACUUCUCCCCCAAGAAUAUACUGGAACCUUCUGUUGUCGGCCAUCACCUUGUGUGUGUGUGUGUGUGCGUGUGCGUGCGUGCGUGCGUCCACAGGGAGUUUUGCUUGGCGGGACCCUGAGCUCCCGGAGGUGAUCCACAUGCUGCAGCACCAGUUCCCCUCCGUUCAGGCCAACGCCGCCGCCUACCUCCAGCACCUCUGCUACGGAGACAACCGCACCAAGGUGGAGGUGUGCCGGCUGGGGGGCAUCAAGCACCUGGUGGACCUGCUGGACCACAAGGUGCUGGACGUGCAGAAGAACUCGUGCGGCGCCCUGAGGAACCUGGUGUACGGCAAGGCGCUGGACGACAACAAGGCUGCCGUCCGCUCGGCCGGGGGCGUGCCCGCGCUGCUGCGGCUGCUCAGGAAGACGGUGGACGCAGAGGUCAGGGAGCUCGUCACAGGCGUGCUGUGGAACCUGUCGUCAUGUGACGCUGUGAAGAUGACAAUCAUCCGGGACGCCUUAACCACCAUGACCAACACUGUGAUCAUCCCCCAUUCCGGGUGGAGCAGCUCCACCUUCGACGACGACCACAAGCUCAAGUUCCACACUUCUCUGGUGCUCAGGAACACCACCGGCUGCCUCAGGAACCUGAGCUCUGCGGGGGAGGAGGCCAGGAAGCAGCUGCGUACGUGUGAAGGGCUCGUGGACUCUCUGCUCUACGUCAUCAAGGCCUGCGUCAACACCUCCGACUUCGACAGCAAGAUCGUGGAGAACUGUAUCUGCACCCUGAGGAACCUGUCGUACCGCCUGGAGCUGGAGAUGCCCCCGUCGCGGCUGCUGGGGGGCCAGGAGCUGGCCGGUCUGCUGGACGGGGAGACGGCCGACCUGGAGACGGACUCCAGCUGCUGGGGCCGCAAGAAGAAGAGGAAGAAGAGGAGCCUGCAGGAGGACAUGUGGGACGGUGUUGGGCCCAUCCCCGGCUUCUCCAAGCCCCCCCAGGGGGCUGAGAUGCUGUGGCACCCGGCGGUGGUGAAGCCCUACCUCACCCUGCUGGCCGAGAGCUCCAACCCCGCCACGCUGGAGGGGGCGGCGGGCUCCCUGCAGAACCUCUCCGCGGGCCACUGGAAGUUUGCGUCGUACAUCCGCGCGGCGGUGCGUAAGGAGAAGGGUCUGCCCAUCCUGGUGGAGCUCCUGAGGAUGGACAACGACCGCGUGGUCUGCUCCGUGGCCACGGCCCUCCGCAACAUGGCCCUGGACGUCCGCAACAAGGAGCUCAUCGGUAAGUACGCCAUGCGGGACCUGGUGAACCGGCUCCCCGGGGGCAGCACCACGCAGCUGUCGGAUGAGACGGUGGCGGCCGUGUGCUGCACGCUCCACGAGGUCAGCAGCCGGAACAUGGAGAACGCCAAGGCCCUGGCCGACACCGGCGGCAUCGAGAAGCUGGUGAACAUCACCAAGACCCGCGGGGACAGGUACUCGCUGAAGGUGGUGAAGGCGGCCGCGCAGGUGCUGAACACGCUGUGGCAGUACAGAGACCUGCGCACCAUCUACAAGAAGGACGGCUGGAACCAGAACCACUUCCUCACCCCGGUGUCGACCCUGGAGCGGGAUCGGUUCAAGUCGGCGCCCUCCCUCCCCACCGGCUCCAUACAGAUGUCCCCCGUCAACCACACCGUGGGGAGCACCGUCUCGUCGCCUGCUGUGCUGGGCAUCAAGGAGAGCCGCUCAGAGUACCAGAGAGCUCCCUCUACUAUGCAAUUUUAUAACCACCAAGGGGACAACAGCAGUGUACAUAAAAACCAAUACACAGGAUCGGGGAAACCGCCGCCGCAUUACUACAGCUCGCCCACGAGAGAGGAGCCCAGGAGGACGCAGCCGGUGUACUACGCUGAGGACCCCGGUCGGAGGAACUAUGAACCCUACAGGAUGUACCUGCAGGCCCCCCGGGGCUACGACGAGCAGUACAUGGACGAGGUCAUCACCUAUCCCCCCGCGGCGGCCGACUACGUUUCCCAUCACCCCAUCGGACUCAAAUCCACCACCAACUACGUGGACUUCUACUCUAGCACACGCAGACCUUCCUACAGGGCGGAGCACUACCCCGGAUCCCCCGACUCCUGGGUAUAGGUCUCGGGGGGGGGGGGGGGGGGGGGGGGGGGGGGGGGGGUCUAGCAGCAGUGAUGAUAUGAGGAACCCCUUCUCCACCGGUUUUCAAACAAGAUUUAAUUUGCCAAGAAUUCGUCUACUCCGACGCUGAAAAAAGACGCUGGAGGUGGAGAAGGGGAAACUGAUGAACUCUUUCAUGAAUCUCUGUGUGUGUCUGUGCGUGCGUGUCUGUGCGUGUGUUGGUUGUAAAGUGAAUGUGGCGGCGAGUGAGUUCAGAACCAGAUGAGAGAGGGAGGACGUGAAUGUGAGCCUAAAGAAGGAAAACAAGGAAUGUUUUUUAUUAGUUUGAAGAUGGAAUCAUCCAGUGGGUGUGUGGACGACGGCGGUUAUCAGGGCGUGGUUGUUUUGAGGAGCGAGCGUCCUACUCUGUCUAGAUGUGUUGGGUCUUUAUUUACAUGGGGAUGUGUAGGUACAUGGGGAUGUGUAGCAGAGAUGUGAGCGGCGUGAUGCGUCAUGUGAUGAGAUAUGUGAGGCCAGGAUGGAGGAUGUGUACGUGUACGUGAUUGGUUCAUGAACUCAUAUCUGUAAUCAAAUUUAAAAAAGAGAUACCAAUAAAAAAGUCAACUAAUGUUAGUUUGUACAGAGGGAUCAAAAAAUGUAUUGUUCUGAAUGUGGAAAGUCUGUGUGUAUGCCUUUUGAGUCUUGUACAUUUUCUUCUGUUUUACUGUAAAUACAAAGAAAGAAAAAUCAUGUUACCUACUUUGAAAACUCAUCAGCACUGUUGUAAAGAAACAAGUGUCCCACGUUAAAACUCUAUAGAUAUAUAUAAGUAGUGUGAGGCAAGGAGAGAUCAUAACUCAACCGUGCAGCAAAGGUAAUAAAAGUUAUCUUGUUUUUUACAUG